AUAAGUAGAUAGAGCUUAAGGUCUCUAGGAGCUAUCCAUUGCAUUCAAAAAUGCAAGAACUCAUAGCGAAUGUAAAUCAUCUACAUUUCGAUGUUGAAGAAGCUCUUGACACCCAAAUGUGGUGCCUACCUUUACCCUUUAUUGGAAUGGACAAGUCUGGAUCUGCAGUAUGCAUAAAUUUUCGUGAUACAGGCUUAUGCAAAUUAGGUCAAUUAUGUCCAUUUCGUCACAUCAAAGGUGACAAAAAUGUUGUUUGCAAACAUUGGCUCAGAGGAUUGUGCAAAAAAGGUGAUGAUUGUGAGUUUUUGCAUGAAUAUGAUAUGACAAAAAUGCCAGAAUGUUAUUUCUUCUCAAAAUACAAUGCUUGUAAUAAUAAAGAAUGCCCUUUCCUGCAUAUAGAUCCAGAAUCUAAGAUUAAAGACUGUCAAUGGUAUGAUCGUGGGUUCUGCCGACAUGGUCCAAAUUGCAAAAAUCGCCAUAUUAGAAAGGUAAUGUGUCAAAGUUAUCUCAAUGGGUUCUGUCCUGAAGGAAGAGAAUGCAAAUUUAUGCACGCGAGUUUUGAUGCACCACAUCCCUCUACCGAAGGUCCUUGCGCACCCCACUUUCAUCACCAUCUUAAUUUUCCGUAUCCUUCCGCCAUGUCUGCUGCCACCUUACCUGGUUACUCUUUUCCCUCCGCUCCGCCUCCCAUUUUCCAUCAUGGUUAUGGUGACCGCGUGCAUACUAUUUCAGGGACAACAUUUCAACCAAUUAGGGGGCGAGGAAUGAUAACUUGCCACUAUUGCGGUGAAUUAGGUCACAAGCUAUCACAUUGCCCCAAGCUCAAAGGCGAAGCCAAAAUAACCUCAUACAUGCCAUCUUUAAAAGGAGACGAUAUACGUCAUUUCAUACCACGAGGUACACAUCACUUCCACGCCGAAAGAAGAAACUUAGAGGAUGUCGUCUGCUAUAGAUGUGGAGAAAAGGGUCACUUCGCUAAUAGAUGCCCUAAGACGAAUGUAUCUUACCUACAAAACUCCCAAGACUCCAGCUAUGUCACUAAUACAAAUCUAAUAAAUACUAGUUUACUUAACAUUAGUUAGCUCUCAGAAAAGUUUUUUUUAUAAUACAUUAUCUUAUAAUAAUCAUAUUUAGUCAAAUGACCAGUCAGAUCUCUUCGAUAACACAGCUGCUUUUCAAAAGUUCCUCGUUUUAUAACCAUACAUAUAUUUUCUCGCGCGUUUAUCUUUCAAUCACCUUAAAUAUUAUAGUUGUAUAUUUUGAUAAAUGAUUGAAUGAAAUUUAUAAUAUUAAAAUAUUUUGA